AUGUCUCCACUUUCAGUAUUCCUUUUGAGCACCCUUCUAUUCACGACAUCUCUCACAGCAUCUCCAAAUAACAGAAAGCUCGUAAUGAAAGCACAACGAGAGGUACAACAAACCCCAGUCUCCUCUGCUGCUACGAGCUCCUCCACUAUUGAGACUUCCUCAGCAACUAGUUCAUCAAACUCAUAUGGAGCUCCAAUCUUGCCAUCAACUAGUAAAGACCGACAAUGGAACUCAACACUCAUAGGAUCUACUCUAUCAUCAGGGUCUGUCUCAAUUUCCAACUCAGCAGCGGCUACAUCAUCCUCGACCCAAAUUUAUACUUCUGAGAGACCCUCUACCACAGGCAGUCUAUGGUCUGCCUCUUCCGAGAAGCCCAUAACAAGCUCGUCGAGCUCUUUUGGGACCCCAUUCUUACCUUCAAGUAGCAAAGGGCGGCAAUGGAACUCAACCCUCAUAGGAUCCACUCUAUCAUCAGGGACAGUCUCAAUUUCAAAUUCAGCAGCAGUCACAGCAUCCUGGACUGAAAUUCCUCCCUCUGAGAGACCUGCAACUGCUAGUUGUUCAUUAUCUAGCUCUACUGAAAAUCCUGUGGCCACAGCCACUGCGGUACCUACUUCAUCUGAGAGUCUCAUUGCUACAGCAAGUCCAGUACCUGCACUAGCCUCCGAGAAACCCGUUACCACGGAAAGCCCACCACCUGCCUCAUCCGAGAAGCCGUUACCUUCCUUACGCCCCUGGAAAGAACCUGCCUCAUCUGAGCAGUCAUUGCCUUCCCCAAACUCCUGGAAAGAACCGCCAGCACCAAGUUCAGCAUCCAGUCAACCAGAUGAAAAGUCCCUCUCGGUUCCCUCAACCCAAAGUCCACCAACCGAAACUCAAAAACCAGAUCCAAACCCGGCGUGCUGUUUAUGUGACACCCCUCCUCUUACUGUGACAGUCACAGCAACAGCAACAAUAACCGUAACAACCACACCAGACAAAUCCCCAAGUGCUGUUCUGGGAUCUCCGCCACCAUCUGACACCUGGAAUCCCAAAAUCCUUCCCACUGUCACUGCUGCGAUUUCGAGAGCGAAAAUCCCGGAGGAUACCUUCGUACCUGGCGUUGUCCCGGGUUUUAUCCCCGGUCCCCGUUUUACUAGUAUAGAGGACGGUGGAAGCCCUGUUGUGAGUCUUUCCUUUUCUCUUUAGACUUCAGUAAGCAUAGCGAAUGUUUACAAAGCUGACGUGAUUCUUCCGUAGAUACAAACUUCAACGUCUGAUUUAGCCUCGACAUCAGCAGGAGUUCCAGUGUCAUCAAAAGUUCCUCAAUGGCCCCAUUGAAGUGUUCUGCUACGAUAGGUAG